UGGCCAAGUGGUACUGAGAAGCAGCACAUCAAAGCCCCUCCCACCAAGAGUGGGUGGACGGGAUAAAUGGACAGUUUUGGCUUCAUCGCGGUUCACUGUGGAACUGACUGUCAGGCGUCAAGAUGGACAGCUUCUCUGUGAUCACAGUGUUCGCACUUCUUCUGGUGGUGGUGAGAGGACAGCUCACAGCAGGUAGAACGACUCCAUCUCUGCCUCCUUCAUCUACAGAUAGAACGACUCCAUCUCUGCCUCCUUCAUCUACAGAUAGAACGACUCCAUCUCUGCCUCCUUCAACUACAGAUGAAACGACUCCCCCUCUGCCUCCUUCAACUACAGAUGAAAUGACUCCACCUCUGCCUCCUUCAACUACAGAGGGAACGACUCCACCUCUGCCUCAUUUUACUACAGAUGGAACGCCUACACCUUUGCCUACUUCUACUACAUAUAGACCGACUCCACCUGUGCCUCCUUCUACUACAAAUAGACCGACUCCACCUCUGCCUUCUGCUGACACAUUUUCAACUCCACCGAUGGCAAGUCGCACACGUCCAACUCCGUCUCCUUCGGCGGCAAGUCGCACACGUCCAACUUCGCCUUAUUCGAUGACAAGUGUCACAAGUCCAACUCCAGGUGUAAGGGUGGUGGCCAACUUGAAUAUGAAGCUUCUGGCUCCAAGAACCAUGGACGUGUACGGAGUAGAUUCGGCGCUUUACAUGGGUGCCUCUCAACUUCAGCAUUUCUUGCAAAUGUAUUACAAGGUCAAGGGUCUGACCAUCUCCAGGAUGGAGAGGGAGUCGCUUCCACACCACCAGCACCACCACUACUGAUCUAUAUCUGAUUAUUUCCCAUGAUGAUCUCCUGCUCCUUACAGUAUGGCUUUCAGGAGCCCAUUUUUUGGACUUCAGUCAGCCAAAAUAAUAAAGGAAAUAAAUGAACGAAUAAUGAUGGAUGAUGCUAAAAUAAUUAGCUUGUUACCUUCUUGUCUAGGCACUUUAAACAUUUAUUUCUAUCCUGACUUAGCACUUAGCAUGUUUGCAGUUCCAGGUGGUCAUCCAGUCUUUCCACUGUUACUACUGUAUAACAUCAGUCUGGAUGCUGUUCAUUAAUGAAUCUUGGCAUGACUAUGUGUAAAAGGAUAUUAUAUGGAAAUGUACUGGUGUGAAUGAGAUGACUGACUUUGGGACCCAAACAUUUAUUUAUUUAUUAAUUAAUUAUUGUUUUAAAAAUGGGCAGUAAUGCAGAGAAAAACAUUAAGCAUUCGUCAUCACUGUAUUACAAUUAAGGUCAAUUAAGAUGUACAUGCAUAUUAAGAAAAAUGAGUGAUAAAAUGUUAAGAAUUUGAUUGUGCAUGGAAAGACAAAAAUAAAAUGUAGACAAUGCACAUAUCUCAGGUUUGCAAAAAAUUUUUUUUUCAUUUAAUUUCAGCAUGAUAUUUUGAACUGAAAUGCUCACUGGCCAUCUGUGCAUAAAAUUUUAUUUCUGACUGAAA